GCCUCAUAACGAGUUUUGUAAUCGACCUGUUAAUCGAAAACUCCUCUUUUUAGCCAGCCAUAUCGAAGCUAUAUUCAAAAUGGCAGCCUUUGAAAAACUAGCUGGCAUCUUCAAGCGUCCAAAGCAGAAAGAACCCGCCCACCGAGACCCAGGUGCAUCGUCGCCUAGAAAACACCCGGAACAUGGGAAACCAGAUGAAGACUCUGAUAGAAAUGCAUGUGGCGCCUUAAGUGAAAUCGGAGCGCCCGAGCCUUGCGAAUGCCCCGCGGAAGAAUCGCCAAAGAUCACACGUCGUGCAUCCUUGGAUCAACGGUUGUCGCAUUGUACAGAGCCCGGUGAACAUCACCAGGGGGACUUGUAUCGCGCUUUGAGCGAGGUUGCAACGCCUAGUCCUAUACGGAGACAAACAGAAGACGAACUGGCUUGCCAUCCUUCUCUUGACGAGCACUUCAGGAGCAUGUCACAUCAUUAGGUAUUCGCUUCGUUUAACCUGAAACCCCGAUUUCAAUCACAGUCGAUUCUCGAGACUCAAGGUGAGGAAUAUCUGUGCGAGUCCCUGAUAUUUCAUUGGCAAAAGGACUCGAUACUCGUACGGGAUUG